GACAAGGUGACCUUGACUACCUGGCCGGUGCUAAGAAGAUUAAAAAUCCAAACAACUUGAAACUUGAAGCUUCUGACGCCACGACUUUCGCAAAAUAACGUACAUUGGGGCAGCGAUUAAUCGGUAAGUGAUGGCUUGAUAUUGCUCAGAAAGCGGGGAUGGACUUUCAAGGGUCGCUCCUUCCGAGGAGUUGGAAUCAAGGGUUGUUGAACCCGGGCGACGUCGUCACAGCUCGUAGAUCGCACAGUUGGCUUGGCAAGAGAUCGAGAAAUCUUUGAAAUACGGGACCCAACAAGUCUGUCCUCUUUCAAACCCUUCCUCUUUCAUAUUGUCGUGAUGGCUAUCCCAACUAAUACGUACUAUAUACUAGACUCGCACCCGGCACCACAUUACGGUCUUGAUCCACCAAAUAGUGCAGGCAGUAACAACUCUGCACGCUCACAUUCUGCCAGUGUAAAAUCGGAAUUAUCCUCUUCACCUUAUCUUGAUCUGUCACCCUCACCACCCCACACUUUUUCAUUCCAUUUUCCGUCUUCUGCGUCAGCGCCUAACAGUACUGCGCACGUUAAUCAUAAUUUUACUACAACAUCGAACACUCUGCCAGACCGUCCGUACUACCGCUUCGGAUCUAUGGCACACCCGGAGGACGCCUGGCUCAGCAAACGCUCAGCAAAUUCCGCUCUCGACUUGAAUUCACUAUCAUUCCCGGACGAAUACGAUGAUGGCGACGACUUACCUGAUCCUCCUGGCUCCUCUGGCGCGCCCGCUACUUCAUCUAGCUAUUCGGACAGAGUCGUUAGGAGAAGGAGCAGCAAAGCUUGUGAUCAAUGCCGCAAAAGCAAAUGCAAAUGCGAGCGCGCAGGAGAUGGCGAGGCUUGUAAAAGCUGCAUCAUGCUGGGGACGCCGUGUACAUUCCUCGGACCUUCGCGCAAGCGCGGCCCCCCUAAGGGGUACAUUGACGCCAUCGAAGCUCGGCUGCACCAAACUGAGGCCCUACUUGGUGUUCUCCUCGCUGUUGAGGCAGAGCAUGGCGAAAGGUAUGGCGAAGCGGAUAGGCCGCCUCCAGGCGGCGCUGCAGGCCUAGAGGAUGUGUUGCACACCCUAAGACAGGACACUCUUGCUCGUGAGAUCCUCAAUCGUGUCGAUACCUCCUCCUAUGGUGUCAAAGGACGAAAAGGUGGUAGUGUUAAACCACGCCCAAAUAAUACCACUCCAACAGAGGGCAGUGGCAUCGACUUACAGUCCACACACCCUUCAAAUGAAUGGCAGGAUCGCGUUGUAUCUCUCCUUUCAUCAUCUCUAUCAUUCCCCCACCCGUCUUCAUCACAACCUCGCUCGCCUACAUCCGGUGCUAACAACCCGCGCACGAUCCAACUUUCGCAAUCUAGAACUUCGCCAUCUCUUACAUUCGACGAUAAUGGACGACGUCAACGCCGGCGACUUGGUUCUUCAUCAUCUCCGGAUCCCUCCGACCACUCACAAACACAAGCACCUGCCAGUACGGAUUCUGAGGACGAAGACGACGUCGCGGAUGCUGUGGGCCAGCUCUCCUUGAACGAGGACGAACAAGUCCGGUAUCACGGAAAGGCAAGUGGUCUUUACCUGCUGGGGUAUAAUGCGAAGGAGGAAGCUCGGAAUGAAGGGGGAAUAUGGCGCUUCCCCAAGGCCCGUGUCUGGCCACCACUCCCUCCAUCUGACACAAAUAUGACGUCGCCCGUAAUUCCCAGCAUUGAUGCGCUGACAAAUUCUGCUGCAAGCCCAUCUAAUAGCCCUCUGAUGGGUUUAUCUGUCACGGACAAAGAUUUGAGUAGCGUCAUGCCUGAUCUAGUUGUUCAGGAGCAUUUAUUGGAGAUAUAUUUUACUUAUGUACAUUCGGCGUUCCCGGUCCUGCACAAGGAGGCUUUCUGGGAGGGUCACAAAGUGCACCCGAAUGCAUCUGCUGCUAAUACGCCGUCGCCUGCGUCCGAUGGCCAGGGCUCGAAAUCUCCGUCACCUUUCCACCGUGCCCGUCGCAAUAUUUCUCCGCUUUUACUCCUCAGCAUGUUUUCCAUUGCUGAACGCUAUUCACCAUCUUCCUCCCUCCCACUGUCCCCUCCUCCCCCCUCAUCAGCAUCGUCGGUUCGAGAACCAACCCCGAUGUGGACUGCAGGUGAUAAGUACUUUAACGUCGCUAAGAAACUUCUCGACAACACUUAUGCAUCCUCGAUGCCAAGUACUGUGCAAGCUCUUCUAUUACUCGGGUACCGCGAAAUUGGCAUUGGCGCCAUGGCACAAGCCUGGGUGUACACGGGCAUGGCAGUACGUAUGGCGCAGGAUCUCGGUAUGCACCGGGCAGCGGACGGCUGGGCCCGUGCGGAAGUCGGACGUCUGUUCGGCCCCCGGGAGCUACAGGAACGGCGGCGGAUAUGGUGGGGAUGUGUUGUGCUCGAUGGGUAUGUGAGCACGUAUAUCGGAAGGCCGCUUGCAAUCUUCGAGCGAGAUUACGAUACACUCUUACCGGGCGAGGAUGAGGCGGAGGAGAUGGAGUUGUGGAUUCCUCAUGAGUCGCUGCCGCCUGAUUCCCGCGGACAUGGGUAUCCACCUGGUGCAGAGAUAAAGUGUUCAAUAACUGGACGCGUGCUAUCUAGCUUCAAUGCUUCUGCGAAACUCUCAACUAUCCUUUCUAAGCUCGUACAGUCGUUGUACGCGAUUCAUCCCGUGAAUUCUCGGCACGCUGAGGUGGCACAACUUGAGGAGCUGCUGAAUAAGUGGUACCUCGAUUUGCCGGAGCAUCUACAAUUGAAGCAGGGCGCGACUGUUCCGCCCCAUAUCUUGACAUUACACAUGCAGUAUUGGUGUACGACAUUGUUGUUGCAUCGCCCCUUCAUAAGGAAUACGUACCUUCUAAAUAAGGGGAAAUCGGAUAGUGUUGAUGAUGCCGAAGCGUGUGCGACGAGCAAGAAACAUUAUGAGCUGUGCGUGGGUGCUGCGAACCACAUCUCAUCUAUCGUUUCAUCUUAUCGGGAAAAGUACUGUCUGCAACGUGCCCCUGUUUUUCUUUGCUUCUAUGUUUUUACGGCGGGUAUUAUGCAUGUCACGAGCUCGUCCAUCUUCCCGAAUGACCCUCAAUCGCGGAUAGGUCUAUUCAGGUGCAUGGAUGCACUGCAAGACAUGGAAGUCGUCUGGCCCUCCGCAGCACGUGCCAACGAGCUUCUUCGGGGUUCAAACGUCAUGGCUAAUCCCUCGAACGCUAGCCAAGCAUGCCUUUCAUUUACUUCUCAGGAUCGCCAGAAGCGGACAGCUGAGCAUUCAAUAGACUCAGAGGAUGCAUACGAGCGUUCGCACUUGCAGGUCCUACCCUCAAGCAGUUCGUCUAACGUACCAGGAUCAGGACAAGGGUACGCCAACACCUGGCGAUCGACUCAGUUUAGCGGAACGUCACAUGAUGUCGGUCACUCUCAAGAGUCUGGUGCGGGGCGACAUGCUGACUUUGCCGGGGCACCUAUCUCAACUUCGCAGUCAUCGUACUAUCCGUGGACCUCUGAUGGAUCUUCGUACCUCUCGUUCCCGAGCACAUUGUCUACGUCUGUGCUUCCGCAGAUGUAUAGCACAGGCUUGGUCGACAGCCGUCGGGCGGGGAACUCGCAGUCCUCGGCUUCGCAUCAAGGACAAGCGCGGUUGGCUUUGCAUGGGGGCGGAUCUGGUACAUAUACCAGUGAUCAACCUGGGAUGGGGCGGUAUCCGCAAUUUUGGAAUGACUAUACAUCGUUCCCACAGAUGGGGAUGGCUUAUAGCCAGUCUCAUCCACAGCAACAGCAGCAGCCGCCACAGGAUCCGAUAUAUAUGAGUGCUCAGUAUGGCGGUAUUUACAAUAAUCCUACAUCUUAAUUUAAUGGAGUGGAUUGUACCACAUUUACCCGAACGGACAAGAAAUACUAGUAGAUGACCUCUUCUCUCACAAUCUAAUGUAUUACAUCCUAUCAGACACCCCAAAAUGUUUCUUUUUCACCGCAGUGCUAGUACUCCCUCGUUGUAUCCCUCCUGUCCUCUUGCUUAUCUGUAUAAUCCACUUCGAAAGGACUUUAUCUCUUAUGUGUUUUAUGUGUUAUAUCCUUACUUCCUUCGGGCACUUUGGUUGACAUUGUUUCUACUAUAAAAUGUUGGUGCCGACAACAAAGCCUUCAAUAUACCAAAAUGCAUGAUUUGGAUAGCGAUA